AAUAAAUGCCGAGUUCUAGCGCCUGUUUUUGCGAGGUUAAAUUUUGCAAGCCGGCUGCAAUUGUUAAAAAAGUACAGUGCUCAAAGGACAUUCUCGCGUAAUUAAAAUCUCAAUUAUUAUCCUCGACAAUGUCUACCUUUAAUUUUCUGAAAAUGGCAUCGCAACUGGACGAAGAGCAAGGUGUGUCUUUCCAGGACAAAGCACUUACCUGGGACACGGCGGAGCAAGUCCAGGAUGUUGUGGAUGCUUUGAAAAACCAAAAGGUGGUUCACUAUCUUCAACUCGAUGGCAACACACUGGGCGUGGAGGCGGCAAUGGCUAUAGGGGAAGGGUUGAAGCUUCACCCAGAGUUCCGAAAAGCCCUGUGGAAGAAUCUUUUUACCCGUCGAUUGAAAUCUGAAAUUCCAUUGGCCUUAAAUCAUUUGGGCUCUGGCCUCAUAGAAGCCAAGGCCCAUUUAACUGUAUUGGAUCUUAGUGACAAUGCUCUGGGUCCGAAUGGUAUGAAGGGAUUGGAGACAUUUCUGCGAUCACCUGUAUGCUACUCCUUGCAGGAGCUUCACCUCCACAAUUGUGGUCUGGGUCCUGAGGGCGGUAGCAUGUUGUCGUCGGCCUUGUUGGAUCUCCAUGCCAAUGCCAAAAAGGCGGGAACACCGCUUCAAUUGCGGGUCUUUGUGGCCGGGCGCAAUCGCUUGGAGAAUGUCGGUGCAGCAGCGUUGGCCAAGGCUUUUAAAGUAUUGCAAACUCUGGAGGAGAUAGUUCUAAUGCAAAACUCCAUAUACCAUGAUGGCGUGUCGGUUCUGGCCGAAAGCUUUAAGGCUAAUACUCACUUGAGGGUGAUCAACAUGAACGACAACACUUUUGCCGUCAAAGGAGCUGCUAAAAUGGCCGAAGUAUUCGAGCAUACACCUUUAUUGAGAGAAAUCAAUUUCGGUGACUGCUUAAUGAAAACGGACGGCGCCUACCACUUUGCCGAAGCUCUGGAAGGUAACAACGGAAAUUUGGAGGUAGUCGAUCUCAGCUUUAACGACAUCAACUCUGAUGGUGGCCUAGUAAUUAUCACGGCUAUGCAAUCCAAACCUAAAUUGACCUAUUUGAACUUGGAUGGAAAUUGUUUUGGUCACGAAGGCUGUGCACAAAUAAUAGAGCUGAUGGCCAAGAACGGCAAUCCUUCAGCUUUGCAGACAUUUGAGGAGGAUAACUCCGAGGAGGAAGAGGAUCAAAACGAUGAUGAAGAUGAAGAGGAUGACGAUGAAGACGACGACGACGACGGCGAGGAGGAUGAGUAUGAUGAGCACGAGCAUGCCAAUGAUACCACUGAAGAGGCCGACGAAGAUGAUGUCGCUGAGGAAACUGCCUACGUGACAACCAAUGCCUUUACCACCAAGUUUCUCAAUGACUCGGUUACCUUUAAGGAUAACAGCACAUUUGCCAUCACAGAGAAACCGGUGUCUUGCAGUCCAGAGCAGUUUUGCCUCAGUCAAACUCCAUGCACUUUGCAACAAUUUAAUGCAGUGGAAGAGGAAAAUAAACUUCAGGCUUUUAAAAACAUCAUCAAUCAAUUCACCGAGGACAAUCACUUGUUGCUCUUAGUUUUCACCGCACUGAAAUGCUCUCAUUUGUCGAAAACCUCCAAGCCAGCUCUUGAUCUGGCCGUCUCUCUUUAUAAGUCCACAUUUGAGUAUGCUCUGCAGACGAAACAAGAGAAUCGAGUUCUCAACUAUAUCCUUUUACAAUUGGGUUUGCUCCGCAGCGAGGAAUCCUUUAAAUCGGAAUAUGACUUGAAAAGCUGUCGUUAUGCCUUGCGGGAGGCAAUUAUUAAACCAGAUUUUGCCAAUGAUAACAUCAAGAACACGUUAAAGGUCUUUUUGGAGCAGAUGGAUGCUUAGUAUGCGAUAUGGACUAACACAAUUCCUUUGUGCCAAAUUGUUCCACGUGUCCUCAAAAAAAAAAACCAAAAUAAACUGAUAAUUUUUAAUAAAUAAGUAAUUAUUUAACAUUCCAUAAACUGGUAUCAGUCUUUCUACAUUUUG